AAAUUCAAAACAAAAUAAUUUAGUGCUUUAUUAAAGAAAUUGAUUUAAAACAGUUCUAAACAUAAUACUUUAUAUUAAAAGUAUUUAUAAAAUGCAAUACCCCAGUGACAUUUAAUGCCUAGAAAAUAGUGAUCUAUAGUGUCAAUAAAUUUUAAAUAAAUUUACCAAAAAAAUAAAUCAAAAUGUCAUCAUCUAUAGUUUGUAUCACAAGAAUAAAUAAAAUUCUCUAAAAAUUAACAUUCAAAAAACGACAUUAAAUACAAGCAUCUUUAAAUUCUUCACCAAAAAAAAAAAACGAAAAACAAAUACAUUUGGAUUUAUAGCUUAAAACUCAUUUUUCAAAACGAAAAAAAAAGAAAGAAAACGUAGAAAAAUAAAAUAGAAUUUCAAAUCACAGCCAAAAUGCAUAUGUUAGAGCAUUUGGUUGGUUUUAAAAAUAUCUUUAAGAAUAACAAAAAUAACAACAACAGCACACAUAAUACUCAUGUCGCCAACAUGUUAAGAACUAAAACAACACCAACAUAUGGAAUAAACCCAACAACUUCAGCACCCAAACAUUUUGGCUUGAUGUCAAUGCAGUUGCUGGUAGUUUUGUUGGUAUUUUUAUUAGCCGAUAGUGGAUUAAAUGGAUUAAAAAUAGUUACAGCUCUUAAGGCUCAAAAUCCUCGCAUUAUUGAACAUCCUAUGGAUAUGGUGGUGCCUAAAAAUGAUCCAUUUACUUUCAAUUGCAAGGCUGAGGGUAGUCCUAAGCCUUCCAUACAAUGGUUUAAGGAUGGCUAUGAACUGAAAACCGAUUCGGGUUCACAUCGCAUUUUAAUGCCAGCUGGUGAUUUGUUUUUUCUGAAGGUUAUUCAUUCCCGCCGUGAAAGUGAUGCCGGUACUUAUUGGUGUCAGGCUAAAAAUGAGUUUGGCGUAGCCAGAUCUCGUAAUGCAACAUUGCAAGUAGCAUUUUUGCGUGAUGAAUUCCGCCUGGAACCCCAAAAUACACGCGUAGCCCAGGGUGAAGUAGCCAUUAUGGAGUGUGGACCACCAAGAGGUUCACCCGAACCCCAGGUGUCAUGGCGUAAAAAUGGACAAACCCUAAAUCUAAAUGGCAAUAAAAGAAUACGUGUAGUAGAUGGUGGUAAUUUGGCCAUACAAGAUGUACGACAAUCCGAUGAUGGACGUUAUCAGUGUGUGGUGAAAAAUGUAGUGGGCACCAGAGAAUCAUCAACGGCCUUUCUAAAAGUGCACACCCGUCCAUUUUUAAUACGUGGUCCCCAAAAUCAAACCUCUGUAGUGGGUACCUCGGUGAUAUUUCAAUGUCGCAUUGGUGGUGAUCCAUUGCCGGAUGUCCUGUGGCGUCGCACAGCCUCCGGUGGUAAUAUGCCAUUACGUCGUGUUACUGUUUUGGAAGAUCGCAGCUUAAAGCUGGACGAUAUAACACUGGAAGAUAUGGGUGAAUAUACCUGUGAAGCAGACAAUGCCGUGGGUUCAAUAACAGCUACGGGAACUUUAAUAGUUCAUGCCCCACCCAAAUUCACUAUACGUCCUAAAAAUCAAUUCGUGGAAGUGGGCGAUGAGGUUUUGUUCGAAUGUCAGGCCAAUGGUUAUCCUAAACCCACUGUCUAUUGGUCUUUGGAGGGUAACAGCUCUUUACUUUUCCCCGGCUACAAAGAUAAUCGCAUGGAGGUUACUGUAACCCCCGAAGGACGUUCGGUACUUUCUAUAUUCCGUUUUGCCCGCGAGGAUUCCGGCAAAGUUAUUGUCUGCAAUGCUCUCAAUGCUGUGGGCAGUGUAAGCAGUCGCAUUGUGGUUACUGUCGAUACUCAAUACGAAUUGCCACCACCCGUUAUUGAACAGGGUCCAGUUAAUCAAACUUUACCUUUGAAAUCUUUUGUCACCCUGCCCUGCCGUACUUUGGGCUCACCCAUACCCCAGGUGCAAUGGUAUUUGAAUGGCAUACCGGUCGAUGCUAGCGAACAUGAACGCCGCAAUAUGUCGGAAAUGGGUGCCUUGACCAUAGUGGAUUUGGUGAAAAGUGAGGAUGAGGGUUUAUACACCUGUGUGGCCAGCAAUCGUAAUGGCAAAUCUUCCUGGAGUGGUUACUUGCGUUUAGAUAGUCCCACCAAUCCCAAUAUAAAAUUCUUUAGGGCACCCGAAUUGUCCACAUUUCCGGGGCCGCCAGGCAAACCUCAAGUGGUAGAUAAGACAGAAGAUUCUAUUAGUUUAUCUUGGACUAGAAGCAAUAAAGUGGGUGCCUCCAGUUUGGUGGGUUAUGUAGUGGAAAUGUUUGCUAAAAAUGAAACAGAUGGUUGGUUGCAAGUGGCUUCUAGGGUGCAAAACACCACAUAUACACAAGUGGGUUUAUUGCCGGGUACAAAUUACUUCUUUUUAAUAAGAGCCGAAAAUACACAUGGUGUUUCACUGCCAUCGCCUAUAUCUGAACCCAUAGCAGUGGGAACGAAAUACUUUAAUAGUGGUUUAGAUUUGAGUGAAGCUCGUGCCAGUUUAUUAUCUGGAGAUGUAGUCGAACUUAUCAAUGCUAGUGUAGUUGAUUCCACCAGUAUGAAAUUAUCUUGGCAGAUCAUCAAUGGCAAAUAUGUUGAGGGUUUUUAUAUUUACGCACGUCAACUUUUGGAUACUUCAUCAGGCUCCACAGCCAAUACUAAUCCAUUAGUAGCCGCUGCACGUAGCAGCAGCAGUAAUACCCGCUCAACAGCUGCCUCUUCAUCCGCAUUGAUUUCAGCUUCAAAACCAAAUAUUGCCAGACGUGAUGGUACGCCUUAUGUUGUAACAUCUACCACCACACCCUCCUCGAUUUUGCAAUCGGCUGCUUCGUAUAUUGGCAGCACUUCGUAUCGUAUGUUGACCAUUUUGAAUGGCGGUGGCGCCUCAUCCUGCACCAUGACUGGACUUUUGCAAUAUACUUUAUAUGAAUUUUUCAUUGUACCCUUUUACAAAUCGGUCGAGGGUAAACCAUCAAAUUCACGUGUGGCACGAACUUUGGAAGAUGCACCCAAUGAAGCACCAUUUGGCAUGGAAGCCAUAUUGCUAAAUUCAUCGGCAGUAUUUUUGAAAUGGAAGCAGCCAAAUCUUAAACCAUCACAUGGCAUUUUGUUGUAUUAUCAUAUUGUUGUCAGAGGCAUCGAUACAGCUCAUAACUUUUCACGUAUUCUAACAAAUGUCACAAUUGAUGCUGUUUCUCCCACUUUGGUAUUGGCCAAUUUAACGGAAGGUGUUAUGUACACGGUUAGUGUGGCAGCUGGCAAUAAUGCGGGUGUGGGACCAUAUUGUGUGCCGGCCACAUUGAGAUUAGAUCCAGUAACUAAGCGAUUGGAUCCAUUCAUAAAUCAACGUUAUCCCAUAAAUCAAGAUCAUGUUGAUGAUGUGCUAACUCAACCAUGGUUUAUUAUAUUAUUGGGUGCUAUAUUGGCUGUAAUGAUGUUAUCCUUUGGCGCCAUGGUCUUUGUCAAGCGUAAACACAUGAUGAUGAAACAAUCAGCCUUAAAUACCAUCAGAGGAACUCAUCCGAAUGAUGUUUUAAAAAUGCCCAGUUUAUCACGUAAUGGCAAUGGUUAUUGGUUAGAUGCCUCAACGGGUGGCAUGGUGUGGCGCACUCAGCCCAGUGGUGAUACACUCGAUAUGCAAAAGGAUCAAAUUGAUGACUAUGCACCAGUAUGUCUAGCAAACAAUACAGCUAAUGGCACAAAUACUACCAGUGAACGUAGUGGUAAUAAUGGUGGCGUUGGUGGUGUUGGUGGCCAGCAACAAAGAUACGUGGGUGAAUACUCCAACAUACCCACCGACUAUGCUGAAGUAACAAGUUUUGGCAAAACUGGCAGUGAAUAUGGUAUAGGACGCAAAAAUGCCUCUUCACCAGCACCCUAUGCCACCUCGUCCAUAAUGCAACAGCAACAACAGCACAAUAGCAAUGUACAACAGCCACGUUAUCAAACCAGGCCAGGUUUUAAUAUGCAACAGCCACCACCCUUGCCAAACACACAGCAACAACAGCAGCAGCAGCAAAGGCCCAUGCAUCCUCAUUACCAUCAACAGCAGCAGCAACAACUUAAUGAAAGCAAUAUUUAUCAGCAAAUGUCUACCACUAGUGAAAUAUAUCCCUCGCAAAUGACCAGCAAUAGAUCAGUGUAUUCGGAACAAUAUUAUUAUCCUAAGGAAAAAAUACAUAUCACUGAAAAUAAAUUAAGUAAUUGUCAUACCUAUGAAACAGCCAACCAACAACAACAGCAGCAGCAGCAACAACAACAACAGCAAUUAGGUCAACAAACAUUUGCCCAUAUUGGCACUUUAAGACGCAGCGGCAAUAAUCAACAAAGUAAUCGCUUUAAGGUCAUUAACACCCAAGCCCAAAACUAUCAACUUCAUCUGGCUGACACGCAACAACAGCAAAAACAACAGCAACAGCAGCAACAACAAAAACAGAAUACGCUUAAUAAUAAUCAAAACUAUAAUACCCAAGACAUGAUAAGUAAAAAUUUAAUGGACUUAGAUGCUGGUUCGUUCUGUUACAAUGGCAUGGCCGAUUCGGGUUGUGGUGGCUCACCCUCGCCCAUGGCCAUGCUAAUGUCGCAUGAUGAUGAAAUCGGUGAAGACCAGGCUCUUUACCACACAGCCGAUGGUGAUAACGAAAGUGAUAUGGAGCGUUUGUAUGUGAAAGUGGACGAGACGCCACAACAGCAACAGCAAUUAAUACCCCUAACGCCACAACAUCUUCCACAACAACUGGCAGCCGGCCAUCAUCAUCAGAAUCAAGAAACAAAUGUGCCACAAAAUCAAUAUCAUAAUUGGCGUUCACACAAUAAUUCCUCAACACGUUCCAACACCUCAUCGUCGGCCUCAUCAUCAUAUCAACGUAAUCCUCAGUUGCUUAACCCCACAGCAACUGCCACACCAACAAACUCUACUGCUACAAACUCGCCAGCAGUCGUGUGUUUAGAACAACAACAGCAGCAGCCGCCACAAACAUCUUCAUUACAAAUGCACCAUUUGCAUCCGUUGCAUCAGCAACAGGCCAGCAGUGAUUCGGAAAUGAUUUAUGCGCCUGGCGGCAGUAUGGCCAGUGAACGUAGUCUCCUAAGUAACUCGGGUAGUUCAACGAGUGGCCCCUCUAAUCCACACAAUGUGUGACCCCUUGACAAGCGCCAACCAACUAUUAAAAUAAGCGAAGAUUUAGCCUGCGAAAGCACCAACUCAACAAUACCAACAACAACUGCAGCAGCUACAACAGCUAGACAUCAAGAAGAUUAUUAUGCGCGUGAGGUUAAGGAGCUGCUGGAGUGGUGUGAACGUUUCAAUAAUGGCCAAUUAGAUGAGUUUGAGUGAAUGAAUGAAUGAUAAUACAAAGCUGAUUAGUUUGUUUUUCAUUUCUAGAAUAUUGAUUGUUUUAAGUUUUAAG